AUGAGAAGGCGAACGAGAGGAUUAGCACUCAUGUCCAUCUUCUUCGUCUUCAUGAUGUUUUACACCAACGAAAGUGUACUGAAGGACUCGAUUACGCAAGCAAAUCCUGCUGUGCCAGAUCCCGUCCAAGCUAGCAGAUACAGCCUACCUCCAAUAGUGUCUGACAAGUGGAUUGUUGUGACAUCAGUAAACUUCCCUACAGAGGAUGUAAAGCGUUUAGCCGCACUGGAAGGGUGGAAUCUCGUUGUUGUAGCCGAUAGAAAAACUCCAAAGGGCUGGUAUUAUAAGAACGUUCAUUUUCUUAGUAUGGAUCUGCAGGAUAGGUUAGGUUUCCGCUUAGCGGCAGUGUCUCCGGAAAACUCGUACACUAGGAAGAACAUUGGCUACCUUUACGCAAUCAAAAACGGAGCCAAGUGGAUCUAUGACACCGAUGAUGAUAAUAAGCCAUAUGGGAAAGGCCUCUCUCAAUUCGAUUUCAGAAGCACCACUAGUGGACUAUGCUUUCGCAGAAAUGCUGAUAUUAACGAUACACAGCAGAAAUUGUUCAAUCCGUAUCGCUUCUUUGGCAAUCCAGGCAUGUGGCCAAGGGGUUUUCCCCUAGAGCACCUCAAGAACCAUACAAAUGGCAAAGAUCGACUAUGCUUAUGCAGUACUAUGCGUACACCUGCAGUACAACAAGGACUCGUACACAAAGAUCCGGAUGUGGAUGCGAUUUAUAGGCUCCUUUACGCUGACAAAAAGACUGGUUUGGAUGAACGAUUCAAUGAAUUUGCUCCACCCGUUGUUCUAGACUCAGGUACAUAUUCGCCUUGGAACUCCCAAAACACUCUAUUCCACGUAAACGCAUUCUUUACUCUAUUCCUUCCUGUCACCGUAGCCUUUCGGGUGACCGACAUAUGGCGUUCAUACUUUGCGCAAAAGCUUUUACAUCUCGUAGGAGAACGAAUAGCUUUCUACCCAGUGAACGCUAUACAGUUUCGCAAUGCACACAAUUACAUGGCUGAUUUCCAACAGGAGUUAGACGUCUACACAAAAUCUGGAAAAUUUGUGGGCUUUCUCGAAUCAUGGCAUUGUGACUCCAAUGACAUCAGCAAUUGUACAGUGGAACUAGCCGAACAACUAGGAAUACUCGGAUUCUGGCAAAGGAAAGACGCCUUUUUAGUGAAAUUGUGGAUAGAAGACUUGCGAUCAAUGGGAUAUGAGUUUCCUAAGAUGGUAUUACAUGAAAAUCCCGAAACCUGCUUAGAUGGGGAAAAUGGCGGCUCUACUUGUUAUGCUGCUCACACUGAACUCAAAACGGAUAUGCCACUGAAUCAUGAAGAAAAAGCGAUUACAAGGAUGAAACAAAAACUGGAGUUUGCGGAGGAUUUGCAUGAUUGGUGCAGAAAAUCACAACCUGCUGGUAACUUUUGUUCGCUUAAUGGAUGCUUGAAUAAACUGGACUUUGUAGAUAUUUUUACUUCAUUCACCUAUAAUUAUUUGGCCGAAAAACACUCGAAACAUCGCAGCCUUGUUGAGUAUCUCGAAAAGGUAUUGAUAGUAAUUGCCGAUCAGAACGGUGCCGGAUUAGGAUUACUGCAGCGAAUUUACCAACCAUAUUUUGCGGUGACAAUUUUUUGUGGUAGCAAAGGCUUCCUAGAAAACAGCGGAAAGUUUAACGGAUUAGGACUGGUACAUCCGGUAAACUAUAUAGCGUUGGAGGAGAACAUUCCUUAUGGCAUGACUUCUAAGUGUCUGGUCAAAGUGCAACAGAUGAAAUUGCAGAAUGUAACAGGAUACUACGCUGUCAGCGACACCGUAAUAUUCCAAAUAUGGAAUUUGCAUGAUUCCAGCAACGUAGCCUUCCCAUCGCAGGGCAAACGACCAAACGAAGCACUAUGGAAGGACGGACAUGGAUCACCCACGUACAAGUCAGUUUAUGAGUUGAUGACCAAUAAAUACAAAAACGAUGAAGUUGUGCAGAAGAUGUGGAAGGAUUACCAAGCUGGAUUGUCAGCCAAUGGUAUUCAACAAUCUUCAGUUAAGCAUUUGCAAAACGACGUUGGAUUCGCUGAUAGCAGCACAUUCAUCUACAUCCCAAGUGACAGAAUCGAGUACUUCUCGCAGUUAAUCCAACUGUUUGAUGAGGCUCAUAUUCCUGCAGGCUUUGCAAUAGCCAAAUUUCUGGAUACGGUUAAGGUUGAAUGGUAUGCACUUCAAUCUUGA